AAAGGGCAGAACAGAGAAAAAGAGAAAAACAUCAUCAUCAGAUCCCCUUCGAGAAAAGAAAGAAAAGAAAAGAAUAGGAAAAAAGAAAAGAAAAAUGGUUGACGGUUACGACAACACUAACAACGACGACCGCAUCAACAACAGCAACAGUAAAAACACGACCAAGAAGAAGAAGAAGAAGAAGAAAAACAAGAAGAAAGACCGCAACCUAAACAGCAGCAGCAACAACAACAACAACAACGACAACAAUAGUUGCUGCUGCAAAAGCAGCAGCAACAAUGAGAUGAUGAAUAAUGCUAGUGUUGAGCAAUGCAUGGCUGCUCAGUCUGUCUACGAUUGGGUCUUUCCAGAUUCUUCUUCUUUUUCUCCUUCUGUGAAUGAUUGUGAAGUAGAACCCAAAAGAAAUCGAUUCUCGGAUGACUCUCUUGUUUUCGAGCUGCAUUCUCAUUCCAUCUUCAGCGACGGGUUCUUGCCGCCUUCUGUUGUUGUGGAGAGAGCACAUAGGAAUGGGGUGAAGGUACUAGCUCUUACUGACCACGACACCAUGGCUGGAAUACCUGAGGCCUUGAAAGCUGCUAAUACGUUUGGCAUGAGGAUAAUCCCAGGUGUUGAAAUAAGUACGAUAUUUUCUCCAGGGGGAGGGUCUGGAACUGUGGAACCUGUUCAUAUCCUUGCAUAUUACGGUAGCUUUGGGCCGGCAAGAUUUGAGGAACUAGAGAAUUGCCUGGCCAAUAUAAGGGAGGGGCGCUACCUCCGUGCAAAGGACAUGAUAUCAAAGCUAAACAACCUCAAGAUGCCUCUUAAAUGGGAACACAUCACUAAGAUAGCAGGGAAUGGAGUGGCCCCAGGGCGGUUGCACGUGGCUCGCGCCAUGGUUGAGGCUGGCCAUGUAGAGAAUCUGAAGCAAGCUUUUGCUCGGUACCUAUAUGAUGGUGGACCUGCUUAUGCUAAGGGAAGAGAACCUCUUGCAGAGGAAGCAGUGCAAUUGAUAUGUCGAACUGGGGGUGUGGCGGCUUUGGCUCAUCCAUGGGCAUUGAAGAACCCAAUUGCAGUUGUCAAGGGUUUGAAGGCUGCUGGACUGCAUGCUAUGGAGGUAUAUCGGAGUGAUGGAAAAUUGGCAGGAUUCAGUGACUUAGCCGAUGCUUACAAGCUUGUGAAGCUUGGAGGAUCAGAUUAUCAUGGUAAAGGGGGUCGUGAAGAAUCAGCCUUGGGAAGUGUCAAUCUUCCAAUUUUAGUUGUGCAUGAGUUCCUCAACGUGGCUAGGCCAAUUUGGUGCCAUGCCAUGAAGGAUAUCCUACAAAAUUUUGCUAAAGAACCAUCUGAUUCAAACCUAGAGAAAAUCAUGAGGUUUGUGAAGAUCAAAAUCCCUAAUGUGGCAGACACAACCUCAAGCUAUGGGAAAGAUGUCAUCAACCAAUGCCUCUCUUCUUGUCUAACAACAGAGGAAAUGCAAGAUGUUGAAUUUGAGGCCCUCAGUUUGAAACUUUCACACACAUCCAUCAGUGAAGGAGGUUUCAAAGUAUCCGUAAUAAGUGGAUAGAUUAAUUUAUCAGUUAAUAAGUACAUACAACUUCAACAAUUUUGGUGAAUGUUGGUCUUUUUCAGUUUUUACAAUUAGAUUUUCCAUUCUAGAAUAGAUAGCUAGCAGAGUUAUUUAAGUACACAGUUUUUUUUUUUUAAUUUAUUGGAAUAGUAGAACUUGGUUCUCUCACACCGAACAACCCAUUAAAAGUAGAGGAAUAACGUGAAGAUGUAAAAAUAACCGAGUAACUUAAUUUUGCAUUCGGUUCUGUGCAUUGCUGAGAUUUUAUACUUGUUCUGUGGUUCUUGA